UUCGAUGUGGAAAUGCAGAAGACUGGUUUCUGUCAAUUAAGGUUAUAUUUUGUCUAGCUGUAAUGACUGGGACUCAUGAUGAAUUUUCCUGGUGCACGAUUAUGCUGAUUAUAAUUCUGGUGGUCCUACUCAUAAUCUUACUCGUGUCAGGGGCAUGCGCGUUCACUUUCUAUUUAAGAGCAUCAGACCGGCGCGCCCUGCCUGCUUACAACGAGCUACCCGACAUGGACCGGAUGUACAGAAGACCGUCUGCUAGCCAGCAGCAGCCGGGCUGGGGAGCUGAGGCGGGCUACCCACCAUCGCCCAUGACUGAACCACACGGCCACCUCCCCCCGAAAGUUCCAGCUACAGCUUAUCCUCCAAUGCUGACACCAUAUCAACAAUAUUUAAUUGCCCAGAACUGGAGCAACAUGUAUCAAAAUUACAUGAAGCAAUUACAGGAGCAACAGAACAAACAUAAGGAAGUAGUUAGAGAGUAGACGAGAUCGGUGCUCACAUCAGACCAAAACCAAAGAUUUGAUCUAGCCCACACCACACUCAACCAAAUAUUAAAAUCCUUCACAAUGAAGAACGUUGGUCCUUUGCUGAUGAAUAUAAGAAUUAUAACCAAUAUUCCCUAAUUGACAUUAAGGGCGUAUAUUAGGGCUAAAAUGAAGUUUUGUUUUGACAUUUAAGGUUAAGGUUAAAGUGAAGUUUUGUUUUGACAUUUAGGGCUAGGGUUAAGGUUAAAGUGAAGUUUUGUUUUGACAUUUAGGGCUAGGGUUAAGGCUAAAGUGAAGUUUUGUUUUGACAUUUAAGGUUAAAGUGAAGUUUUGUUUUGACAUUUAGGGCUAGGGUUAAGGUUAAAGUGAAGUUAUGUUUUGACAUUUAGGGCUAGGGUUAAGGUUAAACUGAAGUUUUGUUUUGACAUUUAGGGCUAGGGUUAAUGUUAAAGUGAAGUUUUGUUUUGACAUUUAGGGCUAGGGUUAAUGUUAAAGUGAAGUUUUGUUUUGACAUUUAGGGCUAGGGUUAAGGUUAAAGUGAAGUUUUGUUUUGACAUUUAGGGCUAGAGUUAAUGUUAAAGUGAAGUUUUGUUUUGACAUUUAGGGCUAGGGUUAAUGUUGAAGUGAAGUUUUGUUUUGACAUUUAGAGCUUGGGAUAUGGCUAAAGUGAAGAUUUGAACAGUUGAAGCUGACUACUGACCACGUUAGGAACCAGAAAAACUUUCUAAAAUUUAAAUUACAAAAACAACAGGGUCUUAGGGAUUCUUUGUAAACAGA